AUGCCACUGGAUCAGAAACGAACUAGAGAACUGGUGGAUUCAGAACCUAAUGCUAAUAACCUCCAGAAAAAGAGAAAGAAUUCUGGACAAGUUUUUGUUCAAGACUCCAUCUUCAUUAAGAGGAAACAAGCAUGUGAUAGGUGUAGACUAAAAAAAAUCAAAUGUGACGAUAGAACCCCAGAUUGUACACCCUGUAUGAAGGCAGGUAUUCCUUGCAGAACAACUGAGAGACUAAAGAGGAGAGGAUUCGCUAAAGGAUACACCGAGCAGUUAGAACAGGAAGUAGCUAGGUUAGAAAAGUUACUUAAGGAUAAUGGAAUUAAUGAUGAUAUUGUGACUAUUGCACCUAGAGAUGAGAAUAAAAUACCAAAGGUAAAUCAUGACAAUUUUAACGAGAAGAGUAACUUUGAAGAAACUUCUAAUCAGAUUCCAUACAUGAACAAGACCUUUCAUCUGUACGAUAACUACUAUAAACCAUCUGAAUGCUCGGAUCAGUAUAUGGGGAAUUGCACAUGGUCACUUUUAACAAGACAAAAUUCAAAUACUGACAGUAAAAAAAAUUGGGAUGCUAAUGAAGAACAAUGGUCAAAAGUUUUACUUAUGAAUGAUAUAAUAAAUUAUUUGAACUUGGAUCCUCAGUUGUUUGUCUCAGAAUUUUUAUUAAAACGAUUCAACUCAAAUUUGAAAGUUCUUAAAAGGACUCUUAUUAAUACAGUGCAACGAUUUUUUGAGAAGUCAAAUUCUCUAAUACCGUUGCUAUACCCAUUCUCUGAUUGGAAACAAAAUAUUAUCAAACAUAUAAAUAAAUUAGGUUCUGAAAAUUAUGAUGUUAAAAAUAUGGAUCCUGCAAUCUUGAUGCCGUUUUUACUGAUGAUUCAACUAGAUUGGGGUUGCUUGAAUGAGUCUAGAUUAUUUAAUGUGACAAAAACAUUCUAUUCGUCAUGUGAGAAAAAGAUUGAAAAUUUACAAGGGUUAUUGCUUGCUGCAUUUUAUUUUAUGGACAAUGAUAAUACACAUUGGGCCACAGAAUUGAUUCAUUUAAGUUUUGCACAUAUUUUAGACUUGGGAUUAUUUAUUACAAUAGAAAAGAAAAUCCCGUAUUGCAAGAUUUAUAAUGAUUCCAAGUCAAACCCCAUCACAAAUUUGGUGACAUUUUGGACUUUCCAAUUCUUAGAAUCAUGGUGGAACUUAAUUCAAGGUCUUCCGAAAACAAACUUUAUCAUUGAAGAAUUUCAUCCAAAGCUUUUGGAAGAUUUAGAUAUCCCACAUUUGAAACCUUUUAGUCUAAUAUUAGAAUUAACUUUAAAAUAUUUGAACGGUGGGAAUAUGUUGCAUAUCUUAUCCAAUGGGGGAAGAACCGUAUUUAAAUUAAUAUUAACUAAUUUUGAAGAACAAAUGAAGAAAUGGAGCCUUUACCAUAAAUUAUUCGAUCAUGAUGAGUUUCAAGAUUUAUCCUUGAUCCCAAAGGAUUUUACAUUAGAAAAAUCUGAAUUUAUUGAGAUCCAUCUAACAUUAUAUUACUUGGUAUUAAGGUUGAUUUCUGAUACAAGAGCAAUUCAAAAUACUGAUGAGAGGACCACUAAGCAAAAGAAAAAAUACCAUGAUGGUCCCAGUGUUGAAGCAGACGAAGAGGAAAUGUCUUUUGAAAUACUAUCCCUUUAUUAUCUUCUAAUAUUAAAUAAAAAUCCUGACAACCAACCUCAACAAAUGAAUACCAUGCAUUUUUUACCAUUAAAUAAUGGUGACAUCAUUAAUCUAUGCUUGCAAAAUAUGCUUGACUGGGUCCAAAACAAGUAUUCUUUAGAAUCUGGAUACAAUAAUUGGAAAUUUAAAAGGUAUCAACAAUUUCUUAUAAAAUGGUGUCAGUUAUGGUUUUACGAGGAUUCCAAAAACCCUUUACUACUCGCAUUCAAGAAACAUUUUGCAUUUCCUCGCAAAUCAAAUGAACGACCUUUAGAUUUACUUUCUCUUUCAAUGUCAUUAAAUUUAAAAAAUAUUGAAUAUAAAAAUGAAGUUGAAAAGUUUAAUUUUAUACACCAAUCCAUCUCAAAUAAUAAUAUUGCCACUACAACUACUACCACUACAGCAGUUGAUGAAUUUAACAUUUUCCCACAAGGUUCUAACACCGAUUUCUUUUCAAUUCUUAAAGAUUUCCCUACUCCAAACAUAUUACAGAAUCAAAUGGACAAUGGCAUGAAAGCUUCAAUGGAAAGUGGUGGUAAUAGUCGUAAUGGAAUUAACAAGGCUUCUUUAAGGAGAAAUAUAUCUUCCUUACCUUUGCUUGGUGAAGAAACGGACGAAGGGUACGCUGAGGAUGAUGAAGCGGAACAAGAAGAUAUGAGGCCAUUAGAGUUCCAAUUCAAUUCAAGAAGAAUAAAUUCGUUUGCAAUGCCAAGUAAUAAGCAGAAGGGUCCCGAGAAUAUCAAUACAUCUUAUACAAAUGAAGGUGAAAUUUCAAGCGCUACAGACAAUAACCUCAAAAUGAACAGAGAAAAUAAAACAUUGGAAAAUACUGGUAUUGACACACAACAAGCACCAUUGGAUAGGCUAUUAAAUACAGAUUCAGUUCUAUCCAUCUCAGCAGCAGACCAAUUCAAGAAUUACUUUUUCGACAACAAUUAUAGUAGAGUUCAUUCUCAAUUGUUACUGCUCCCUCCACCGCCAGCUCCCACAGAGGGAAUGAAUGAGAACAAAGUUGGAGAUAAUAACAACGGUGGCAUGUUUCACACAGAGAUUUCUGCCAAUACACUAGGGAAAUUCUUUCUAUUGCCCAGUUCCAAUGGAUCCGAAAAUCCAUGA